GAGAGAGAGAGAGAGAGAGAGAGAGAGAGAGAGGUUGUCUGACGCUGACCUCGGCAGCUGGGGGGUCUAAGACAACUGCUAAGACCCGAUUAUUUAUCUGUCUAUAAUCCAGACAACUACCUUCAAAAAACUGCUCGUAACCUCUCUUUUAUAGUCGAUCUCUCUGGAUCGUCUUUGCAUGAAUUGGUGGGAAUAAAAACUGGUGCUUUGAAUUAAGUUGAGGGUGAUUAAAUGGAUCCAAUAGCUGAAGAUCAACUAGACCAUGGAGAUGAGGAAUUCGGAGGAGCACAAAAGAUACAGUAUCAUGGAGGAGGAGCAAUUCCUGCACUUGCCGAGGAUGAAAUGAUAGGCGAGGAGGAUGAAUUUGAUGAUCUCUACAAUGAUGUUAAUGUUGGCGAGGGUUUCCGGCAGCUGGAUCGGUCCGAGGCACAAGUGCUAUCGGUUGGUGCGGGCACUAGUGGAGUUCAAUCUCAGAAAACAAUUAUUCCUGAACCCAGAGCAGAAACUAUGGUAUCACAAGAGCUAGCCUUUACUGGAACUGCAACUGAAGGGAGGAAUACAAAUACAGGGCUGCAGUUCCCUGAGCAGAGAAGAGGGUGGACAGCUUCUGGAGGAUCACAACUGGGAGCUGUUGACGUUUUACAAAAAGGAAGAACUCCAGAAAUAACUUGUGGUGCUCAACCAGGAAAUUUGGGGUUUCAAGGACCAAUGUCCACGCCCCAGAGAAUUGGGGUUGGUCGUGGUGAUGUGCCAGGUAAAGUCAUGAAUGAGUCCGCACAAUUGCUAUAUUCUGGCACCGGUGGCCCAAGCAGUGUUCCCGAGAUGCCAGCUAAUCAAAUGGGCACAAAUGUAAAUGGGCAUAUGAACCGCCUUGUUGUCAAUGAAAAUCAGAUACAGCCAGCUGUGGAGAAUGGUGCUACCAUGCUAUUGGUGGGGGAACUACAUUGGUGGACAACUGAUUCAGAGCUUGAGAGUGUGUUAUCUCAAUAUGGGAGGGUCAAGGAGAUCAAGUUCUAUGAUGAGAGAGCUAGUGGAAAAUCUAAAGGCUAUUGUCAAGUUGAAUUCUAUGAACCAGCUGCUGCUGCAGCAUGCAAAGACGGGAUGAAUGGACAUAUUUUCAAUGGGAGAGCUUGCGUGGUGGUGUUUGCUUCUCCACAAACUAUGAGGCAGAUGGGAGCUUCUUAUAUGAACAAAACCCAAGUCCAGCCCCAGUCUCAGCAACAAGGAAGGAGGCCUAUGAAUGAUGGGGCUGGGAGAGGUGGUGGGACAAAUUAUCCCAGCGGAGAUGCAGGGAGGAAUUUUGGAAGAGGUGGGUGGGGACGAGGGCAGGGAAUACUCAACAGGGGUCCAGGGGGGGGACCCAUUAGGGGAAGAGGAGGGGCUAUGGGAUCGAAGAACAUUUUUGGGAAUGGUCCUGGGGUUGGAAGCGGUGCCAGUGCAGGAGCUUAUGGGCAAGGCCUGGUAGGUCCUGGUUUCGGUGGUCAUCCUGCUGGAUUGAUGCCUCAUCAGGGUAUGCUGGGUGCAGGGUUUGACCCUAGUUAUAUGGCCCGAGGAACUGGUUAUGGAGGUUUUCCAGGUCCUACUUUCCCAGGGAUGCUUUCUUCAUUCCCAGCUGUUAAUCCAAUGGGACUUACGGGGGUGGCUCCUCAUGUUAACCCUGCCUUCUUUGGCCGAGGAAUGGGUGCUAGUGGAAUGGGAAUGAUGGGGAACACUGGGAUGGAUGGACAACAUUCGGGAAUGUGGACUGGCACAAGCAUGGGUGGAUGGGGAGGUGAAGAACAUGGUCGAAGGAUGAGGGAAUCGAGCUACGGGGGCGAAGAUGGGGCUUCGGAAUAUGGGUACGGAGAGGCAAGCUACGAUAAAGGAGUAAGGUCGAAUGGUGCUUCCCGGGAGAAGGAACAGAGUUCUGAGCAUGACAGGUCUGGAAACUCUGAGAAGAGGCAUCGUGAUGAGAAGGAGCAAGAUAGGGACAAUUAUGACAGGGAGCACAGGUACAGGGAAGAAAAGGAUAGCUAUCGAGAGCGUAGGCAUGAAAAACGUGACUUGGGCUACGAGGAUGACUGGGACAGGGGACAGUCUUCUUCAAGAUCUCGGGCAAUGCCAGAAGAGGAUCACAGAUUGCGAUCAAGGGAUGGGGAUUAUGGUAAGCGGAGACGUCUACCAUCAGAGUGACACACUCCUGCAUCUCCUUUGCUCGAGACGGGUCUGUAUGAGAUUCUAGCCUUAUUAUUCUCACGUCCUAGUAUCUCUUCGUGGGAAUAUACAACUGUCUUCCUUCUGGUUCCAGUUGGUGCCACAUGCAGACCAUGGGCUCUGGAUUGAAAAAGUAAGUUCGACUCGUGUGGGUUGGGCAAAAUUGCCCAUUACUUUUAUUCUGCUUCUUACUGAACAUAAUUUGAUUCAACACUUGAUACUGGUUCUAAACUAUGUUAGUUGCUUUAGUAGGGUACUUUUGUGGAUUUGCUUUUUGGUGUUUGACUUCUAGUACCCUGCUGCUGGCCAUUGUAUCAUAAUAUAUGCUGUGUUCAUUCCUCUC